UCUAUAUUUGUUACCCAGUGGGUGAAGGAAAUGUGUAGUGCGCAUGGUUUGUGACAGUCUUUUUUUACCGGACCCUAGCCUCACCCAAGAAAAAAAUAUAUCAACACGGGGAUAAUAUAAUCAUAAUUCUUCUGUCAAAUUGACUUAAUUAAUCGUUACUCAGUCUGAGGCUAGUGUUGUGGGGUCUUGUGUGAAGCAGUGCCUUGUGGAGUAACUCAAAUAAUUCAAGGCACGAAAAUGAUGGCCCCUCAGUUCAACCCCGACACCGCCAAAAUCUACCACUUCCGGUACAUGCGAGAAUACCGAGCAGUCUCGGUCUUGUGGGCGGUUUUGACUAUAAUCUGGUGCAUUCUAAAUAUCGUCUGCUUCGUGCAACCGCAGUGGAUCGGCGACACGGAAGAAUCAGCUGGGUACGGUCACAUGGGCGUGUACGCCUACUGCUACCCAGACACCAUCACGGCCAAGUACCUGUGUACCGGAAGUUUCACGGACUUUGACACCAUCUUGAACGGCCCCUUCAAAGCGACCACCUUCUUCUGCGGCGUGGCGGCGCUGCUGAUGCUGAUUACCGUUGCGGCCCUGUUGCUGUUCUUCUGCUUCAAGAAAACCGCCGUUUUCGUCUUCUGUGGAAUAUUAGAACUCGUGUGUGCCAUCUUCAUGUUCCUGGCCUGUGUCAUCUACCCCGCUGGCUGGGGGCACGCCGAGGUCUACAAACUCUGCGGCAGCAAGGCUGGGGAAUACAAGAUGGGAGACUGCAGCAUCCGGUGGGCAUACAUCCUCGCCAUGCUGGGCAUAUUCGAUGCCAUCUUUUUGGCAGUGUUGGCAUUUUUCCUGGCGGCGAAGCGGGCGAAGAUCGACGUGUAUACUACAAACAGCACAGUAUCAAAAUCUGAGUUGAACGGCUACUCCGAGACCAUGUCCAAAAAAUCGAUCCCGAUCCAGCCCCAGGUGGUGGCGGUGCCAGCCGACGUGGUGGACGACAGGUACAGCGAGUUCUCCAGGCACUCGGAGAAGCCCCGGUCCCGUGGGGGGUUCCAGCUGUAGCCCCGCCCCACCAUCACCGUUCGUGCACUUCACUGAGAUGUUCGCUACCCCAUUCCUCACGUAUCUGCUGAUGUGACUAGAUCUACUACUUAAAAAAAAAACAACAAAAAACAACUGCUGGUUAUCUUAAAAUUAGAACUGGAAUUAGGGAACAAUUUUUUUUACACAUUAAAUAUAAUUAGAUUUUAAUAGGGAUGGUCUAAAUAUUAAAGAAAACAAAAAUGUUUUACAAAAUUUAAAAAAAGAAAUAUUGACCAGUGCCCUUGCUCUCUGCUGAUGGAAAUUUACCUAUUUAAAAAUUGUUAACUAUCUUGAAUGCAAAACUGAAAUUAACAUUUUUU